UGUUUGAGGGAUGUUAGACACACAUGCAUGCGGUCAGGCAUGGUGACCACGAAGCUUCAGGACUUGUUUUCAGUCGGAUGCGUUUCAUGCUAGAGCUUUGUACAUGAGGAAACGCACAAAUACAGACAGAAGGGAAAACGUGUUACAGUAUACGGGAUAUCACCUAUAAAGCCAAGCUGGCGGUUCGGCAGUUUAGCGUGUAGCUAAGGACGUGUCCAGGGUGCGACUAGCUCAACAACAGCGGGUUAAGCUCCAUAUGACGCCGGCAGACCAGUUUCAAACAACCCGGCAAAGGCACAGCAUACUUACAACGGAAGGAUAGCCAACUGAUGAGAGACACGUCUGAAAAUUGACAAAGCAUGGAAUCUCCACCCAUUCGCCUCCCAGAUACGACGCAAAUUUCUAUGCCAAAAGGAAGAUUCGACCACUGGGUGGAUGUUCAUUCUACAUGGGUGACACCAGCUGCAUCAAGCGCGGAGAGCACUUUAUCUCGGCCGGGAACCAGAACAAUCACUCGGGCCAACUCUGACUGGAUGAUAACACUCUUCAAAACAUCCCCACAGAGCCAGCCUGUAUUUACAGACUGUUCCAGCCAAGUCAACGUCAUCUCUCGCUUCAACAGUGACGGGAACUUCUUGAAUCUUGAUAGAAAUAUUUCCUACAUAGACCUGUUGUCGAGUGCUAUGAAGAAUCCCGAUGUCAAAGUAGCCGCGGUGAAUGUGACGAAGAUGAAAAAUAACUCUCCGAGCAAAGAAAAUGACAAGUCCUCUCUCAGCACAGAUACAACAGAGGGCAGAAGGACACGACACAUGAUAGAAAAAGCUGUUGAGUGUAACAUGGAUGAUUUCAUGCAGCCACUGGCGAAAAAUGAAAAGGCGACCAGUACCGGCAGCCUUCACAAAUUCGGGAAUAUGUCACCUUUAGUUACGCGACCAAAGGCUUGUGCUUGCCAACCAUCUUUGAAAGAAGAUGGCGUAAAACGCGAAGCAGCUAUACCUAAUCAGGAACCCACUGUCACAAAUGCAUCGGUUGGCAUUUCAAACAUUAAUACCAGGCAUGACAAAGCGGUUGGAAUGGAUUCUGAGAGCGUUAACGAGUUUCCAUCAAGUAGCGAAGAGAAAGACCCGCAUGAUCAUAGAAAAGAUGAAGAAUUGCCAUCGCGAGAAGUGAUGAAGGAAUUCCGAAGCAAGCGUCAGACAAGUGACGUUUCUGAGUAUGAUAAAGCUUACGAGUCUUUGUUGGGAGGGCAAACCUCUCAAACUAAGGAAAGGCGCAUCUCACACGGUCAGCAGACCGAACCUGAAGCUGAUAGACUAGACAGGGGACCAUCGAGAGGAUCCAUGCGCUCUUUUCGAACUAGACUGUCAACUGAUACGUCAUUGGACUUGGAGGACCCUUUCGAUGUGUCAAACGCACAUUCUCCUACGAUGAAAGAAAUUCGUGAAGAUACGGACAGAAAGUUUGAACGCUGGAUGAAGAAGUCCUCCAAACGGGAUAGUGGCAAAAGCGGAAGGUCAUCAUCACGAAACACGUCCACGAGUAGUGGCAAAUCCUCACGACAUGCUUCUGCAUCUAGUGCCAUCGGAACCUUGCCAGACGAACGUUGUGAAAGAGUGAAGGACAAUCUUGUUAAAACAAUUUCAGAGGGGGUCCAUCACCUUAAAAGUGGUGGAGAUAAGUUGCUUACAGCAGAACGUAAUGAAAAAGUUCACGACCUAAUAGAGAAGGCAAUGUCCUCAUCAUCAUCAACGAAGGUCAAGGACAAGUCAAAAGUAUCCCCAGUAAACAAAUCACCAGUUGGUGACAAGACGGAGAGCACUGAAAGCAAGAUUUCUCAUUUGUUUCCCAAAGUUGUUGUCGGACAAAACCUGGAAGUGCCAAAUGAAUCUCAAGAUCUCAGAAGAAAAUCUAUCGUGGAAGAUGUUGUAUUCGAUGAGACAGGAAUGACGUGGGGAAUCUACGGGGCUGAACUCGACGCCGAAACGCUUGGAGACGCGAUACAGAAGCACCUGGAGCUACGAAUCAAACAGCUGCAGAACCAAUCAAAGGAACGGGCGAUGUCAAUAGAUAUGGAGAGAAAGCAGUCUCGUUCAGAGAAGCCUCCGCGCUGGCUCUGCCCACUUUGCCGAUUCCUUUGCCUCAAAAGCAAAGAAACGUAG